ACUGUCACUUUUGGUAUAGUACAAAGAUAAGCAAGCUAUCAAGUCUCUCAAUAUUCACAGGAUCAUACAGGAAGAAACCAAAAUCAAGAAAUGAAGAGGGCAGAGCUAAUUUUCAUUCCAGCUCCUGGAAUUGGUCAUAUAGUUUCAACUAUCGAGUUUGCAAAAAUCCUCAUCAAUCAAAAUGAUCAAAUGUUCAUCAAAAUUCUUGUUAUGCGUUUACCCUUCACUCCUUUUAUUGAUUCAUACACCAAAUCUCUUACUGCCUCUCAACCCAACAUCACUCUAAUCGACCUUCCUCAAGUAGAUUUUCCACCUCUAGAUCUUUUGGCCCAAUCUGUUGAAAGCUAUGUUUGUGCAGUAAUUGAAAAUCAAAAAACCCAUGUCAAAAAAAUUGUUUCUGAUAUUGUAUCUUCAAAAUCUACCCCAGAUUCAGUUCCACUUGUUGGGAUAGUUCUUGAUUUCUUUUGUGUAUCUAUGAUUGAUAUUGGAGAUGAAUUUGGUCUCCCUUCUUUUAUUUUCUUGACUUCUGGUUGUGGUUUCUUGAGUCUAAUGCUUUCUUUACCUUCUCGCCAUGAGCAAAUUGGUAAAGAAUAUACAUCCUCUGAUUCUGAUUUCUCAAUUCCAGGUUUUAUCAAUCCUGUCCCUGCAAGGGUUUUGCCUGCAGCAGUUUUUAACAAAGAUGGUGGCUAUGAUGCUUAUGUUAAAGUGGCUCAAAGAUUCAAAGAUGCUAAAGGUAUUAUAGUUAAUACAUUUUUUGAACUUGAAUCCUAUGCAAUUGAGUUCUUUAACAGUGGCAGAAUCAAAACCCCUAAAGUUUAUCCGGUUGGACCGGUACUAAACCAUAAAGGGCAGCCUCAUCCUGAUAUGGAUUAUAAUGAGUGGAACAAGAACUUGAAUUUUCUAAAUCAACAACCUGAAUCAUCUGUGUUGUUUUUAUGUUUUGGAAGUGCUGGUGCUUUUAGUGCAUCUCAAGUUAAAGAACUAGCAUUUGGGUUAGAGCAGAGUGGGUACGGAUUCUUAUGGUCAAUGAGAGUUCCUCCAAUACAAAAUGAAGAAUCUAAAUUCAAGAAUCCAGAGGAAAUGUUGCCUGAAGGAUUCUUGGAAAGGGUAAGAGGAAGAGGAAAGGUUUGUGGGUGGGUUCCACAAGUGGAAGUUCUUGCACAUAAGGCAAUAGGAGCUUUUGUAUCUCAUUGUGGAUGGAAUUCUAUUUUGGAGAGUUUGUGGUAUGGUAUGCCUAUUCUCACAUUGCCUAUAUAUGCAGAGCAGCAGCUUAAUGCAUUUACUAUGGUGAAGCAAUUGGAAUUGGCAGUGGAGCUGAGAUUGGAUUAUAGGCUACAAUGUGAUAUUGUCAAGGCAGAGGAGGUUGAAAGAGCUUUGAGAUGUGUAAUGGAAAGGGACAAUGAAGUCAGAAAGAAAGUGCAAGAUAUGGCAGUAAUGGCUAGAAAUGCUGUUAUGGAAGGAGGGUCUUCAUUUAAUUCAAUUUCAGAGUUUCUUGAGGAUUUAGAAGGUAACAGAUAUGGAAAUUAUUAGGAAAAAAUAUUACUAUCACCGAUUUAAAAAGAUAGUCUACUAUUUAUUUUCACACGCACACUUAGCUUUUCUAUAAAAAUAAGGUAAUUUAACAAUGGUGUAGUAAAUAAUUCAAAGAUUAACUAUAAUACAGAAAAGAAAAAUAAACUAUAUUUCGAGACAAACUAAAAAUGAAAAAUGGAUUAUUUUUUUGGACGGCGGAGUAUUAUUUGCUGAUGUUAUCUUUUUUUUUCUUUUUAUUUUUUUUUAAUUAGUAUUUUCUGAUAUUGUCAAUUGCUUGUUUGGCGGUGAAGAUAAUGUCAUAUGCCAAACACUAAUUGACAAUAUAUUGUAUUUGGGAAUUGGUAUGGUACGUGAUCUUUUUGUUAUGAGAACGAUGAACAUGUGAUGUUUAUAAUAA